AUCGCCGCUGCGAGCUAGCGAGUUGAUAAGCCGCCGCCCUCCCUGACAGUACAUGCGCUAAUUCGUCGGAGGGUGUUCGUGUGUAUAUUUUCGUGGCGUGUCCCCCGCCGCCCGAGGCCAGACAGGAGGCCGCCAUGGAGGAGACCCGGGCGCGCGCGGAGCUGCGCGCCUUCCAGAAGAAGAUGGAGCCGGACGCGGACAGGGAACGCGAGCUCCAGAGCGUCGUCGGCUGGAAGUCCUCCGUGCGGAUCCAGGUGGACUCCGAGGUGGAGGAGUCGGGCCGCGAGCUCCGAGCCGCGAAGCAGGCUCUCGCCGCCAGCAAGCAGUGCCCCCGCGCCGCGCCCUGGCACGAGCAGUGGCCGGCGCCGGUGCCGUCGGAGGCCAGCUCGCAGCCGCUCUUCGCGGUGCGUCUGUCGGCCAAGGGGGAGCUGAUCCACACGGUCAAGGGCUUCUUCGAGGCCAUGCAGAGCGGCCUCGUUGACAGGUCCGGCACCGUGCGCGGUUUCGUCUCGAAGCACCUGCUGGAGGCGGGCUUCGCGCGGCAGGCCUCGGAUGGCCUGCUUCUGUGCACGCGCAGAGGCGACAAGGAAGAGGCUGCCGAGGUGUACACGCACCUGCCGGCGCCGAAGACCAUCGGGUGUGGGUUCGUGCCCUCGGGCGGCGGGGAGGAGUUCCGGGCGGUGAGCCCGCACCACUCCUUCGUGUUGCGGCUGCAGGGCCAGACCUUCCCCUUCGAGGUGGGCUUCGGGCCCGUGGACGGCCGAGGCCAUGCGCGCCAUGGCCCUCGGCGAUCGCGUCGGGGGCCGGCGGUCGCGACGCCCUGGAACCCACUGGAGUACGUGGACAUCUUGUGGGCCACCGAGGCCCAGGAGGGCCUGGGGCUUCUCCCCCCGCUGGCGGCGCUGGCGGUCCUGGUGA